AUGGCGGCGAGUCAGGGAGGUGGUGGUAACAGUGGGGGCGGCGGUUGUGGUGGAGGUGGUAGUAGCGGUGGCGGUGGCGCGGCCGGCGGGGGAGGUGGCGGGGCCGGAGGGGGCGGCGGCGGCACCCUGGUGUUGCCCAUCCCGGGACAGACUCUUUAUGGUCAGCCGUUCCCCAACGGGCCGCAGUGGAAUCCGGGCAGCCUGCAGCCUCAGCACACCGUGAGGAGCCUGGACAGGGCCCUGGAGGAGGCGGGCAACUCUGGCAUCCUGAGCCUCAGUGGUAGAAAACUCCGAGACUUCCCAAGCAGUGGCUACGACCUGACCGACACCACCCAAGCAGAUCUUUCCAGAAAUCGUUUUACAGAAAUUCCUUCUGAUGUGUGGUUAUUUGCACCCCUCGAAACAUUAAAUUUAUAUCAUAAUUGCAUCAAGACCAUUCCUGAAGCCAUUAAAAACCUGCAGAUGUUAACAUAUCUUAACAUCAGUCGAAAUCUUUUAUCAACAUUGCCAAAACAUCUAUUUGAUCUUCCCCUUAAAGUUUUGGUCGUCAGUAAUAAUAAACUGGUAUCCAUUCCAGAAGAAAUUGGGAAGCUAAAAGAUUUAAUGGAGUUGGAUAUUAGCUGCAAUGAGAUUCAGGUUCUUCCCCAGCAAAUGGGAAAGUUACAUUCACUCAGAGAGCUAAAUAUAAGAAGAAAUAAUCUUCAUGUUUUGCCAGAUGAAUUAGGAGAUCUUCCCUUAGUCAAGCUGGAUUUUUCUUGUAAUAAAGUGACCGAAAUUCCAGUUUGUUACAGGAAGCUGCAUCACUUACAAGUAAUAAUUUUGGAUAACAAUCCAUUACAAGUACCACCAGCACAGAUAUGUUUAAAGGGCAAAGUACACAUUUUUAAGUACUUAAACAUUCAGGCAUGUUGCAGAAUGGAUAAGAAACCAGAUUCCCUGGAUCUUCCAUCAUUAAGUAAAAGGAUGCCGUCCCAGCCUCUCACAGACAGUAUGGAAGAUUUUUACCCAAAUAAAAAUCAUGGCCCUGACUCUGGAAUUGGAAGUGAUAAUGGAGAGAAACGACUAUCUACAACAGAACCAUCAGAUGAUGAUACAAUCAGCCUUCACUCUCAAGUCUCAGAAUCAAAUAGAGAGCAGACAUCAAGAAAUGACAGUCACACAAUAGGAAGUAAGGCUGACUCUCAGAAAGACCAGGAGGUGUAUGAUUUUAUUGACCCUAACACAGAAGAUGUAGCAGUUCCUGAACAAGGAGAUGCACAUAUUGGAUCAUUUGUCACUUUCUUUAAGGGAAAAGAAAAAUGUUCUGAAAAAUCUCAGAAAAAUGAAGUAUUGGGGGAUGCAAAAAGACUUGAGAAAGAACAGUUACUUGCAGAAGAAGAAGAUGAUGAUUUAAAAGAAGUAACUGAUUUGAGGAAAAUUGCCGCUCAGUUAUUGCAGCAAGAGCAGAAGAACAGGAUUCUUAAUCAUUCAACUUCUGUUAUGAGAAACAAGCCGAAACAAACUGUGGAAUGCAAAAAAAGUGUCUCUGCAGAUGAAGUUAAUUCACCAUUAUCACCCCUCGCAUGGCAGCCCUUAGAAAAUCAGAAGGAUCAAGUAGAUGAACAGUGGCCAGAGUCUCAACCUAUAAUCUGGCAGAGUGAAGAAAGAAGGCGGAGCAAACAGAUUAGAAAAGAAUAUUUCAAGUAUAAAUCAACAAGGAAGAGUUCAAGUGGGAAUGAAAAUGAUGAGCAAGACAGUGAUAAUGCUAAUAUGUCACCACAAUCUCCAGUAUCAUCUGAGGACUAUGAGAGAACUGAUAGUUCUUUCAGUCGCUCAUCUCGCCAGGAAUAUGGGGCAGCAGAUCCAGGAUUUACAAUGAGAAGGAAGAUGGAACAUUUACGGGAAGAACGAGAGCAAAUACGACAACUGCGUAAUAAUCUUGAAUCCAGGUUAAAAGUAAUUUUGCCUGAUGACAUUGGAGCCGCACUGAUGGAUGGGGUUGUUCUUUGCCAUUUAGCCAAUCAUAUAAGGCCACGCUCUGUAGCUAGUAUUCAUGUACCAUCACCAGCAGUGCCCAAACUGAGCAUGGCAAAAUGUCGAAGAAAUGUAGAAAAUUUUCUUGAUGCUUGUAAAAAGCUGGGUGUCUCACAGGAAAGACUCUGUUUGCCUCAUCAUAUUUUGGAAGAACGAGGUCUUGUGAAAGUUGGUGUCACAGUUCAGGCGCUCCUUGAACUACCUUCAACCAAGGCAUCUCAACUUUCUAUGGCUUGAUAUAACAUUUUAAAAUUAUAAGUAUAUAGUUCCAUUUAUUUGAAGUGAUUUCAGAUAUCUCAAAUUCAUGAAUAAGAAUGUUCAGUCAAAAAAUGUUUGCCUUAGGUGAAGCCUUAGGGUUUUAAAAAAAUUACAUCAAAACAACAAACUUAAAUUUUUAAUUGCCCAAACUUCUUUUGGAGGAAAACUGGAUUAAUUUACUAAGAGUUUUUGAUAAACUCAAAUUCUCUUUUUACUAAGUCAGUUGAUAACCUUGAUUAUUUUUCAGAAAGCAGAUUGAUACUAAAUUUAAACUGUAAUUUCAAUUUAAUAAUCACAUUAGGUUUAAUUUUUUUACAUCAUAGCAUACUAGUAAACACGUGGAUAAAGGUAAUUGUUUUUUAGCAGUUUAAAACAAUUCUAUAUUUGAGUUAUUUAAUACACUUCUAAUCCUAGUUUAUACACAAUUUCUUCAAUCUUUGGUCUUAGUUUUCUAGAAAAAAAUGAGUAGGAAAAACAGAACUCUGACUUUAUAAUAAAUUCUUUUAGUAUUAUAGGUUGGUGCCAAAAUAUUUUCAGUUGUACUGUAGAUUGUUUACAUGUGAAGUGCCUGUGUAAUUGAUGACUCAUAUAGUCUUAAGCAUUUUUGCAAUUUCUUUUUAUGUAUUAAUAGAAUCAAUGGAACUUUAAAAUAUUUUAGUAGAUUUUAUAAGGUCGAUAAUGUGUGAGGGUUAAAAUGUGCCUCACAUUGUGACAUUUGUGGUUUCUUUUGUUAGUCCAUUGCAGUUUUCCUUAAAUUGGUUGUUUCAUGUUGUCAAAAACCGAUGUUAAUAUGCUUAAUUUAUGCUAUUUAAUUUUGCAAAACAUAAUCAUUUUUUAAAAUGUAUUAUUUGAAGAGUAUUUUAUUUCUGUAUUGAAAAUUUUACACAAGCAGUAAGAUUUUUGAGAAACUAGCAAAGUAUUAGUUAUCAAGGACGCUUUGAUAAAACUGCCAAAGGUUUGGUCUAUACUUUGACUUUCAGGAGCAUUAUAUCAGUGCUGCCUUUAGACAUAUUCAGAGAGCAGUGUUGAGGAAUAGGUUUUUACUCCAUGUCUGGCCAUUGAUGAAGCCAGUAAAGCUUAUUAUCCUCAAUUAACUUGAUGUUGAAUUAAACACAGACCAUUCUAUACAUAUUUUCAUGAGAUACUAUGUUACACAAAGUCCUUGUGCAUUGGUAGUAGUGCAAGAAUUUUUCAAAAACAUUACUGUAUUGCAUAACUCAGUUUCCUAUAGAAGAACCCUUAAUUACUUUUAUAGUAGGCAAGCAAGUAUCAUAUCUUAAAUAUGUGAUCAUUUGCACUUGUUACCUCUUAAUAUGGAUGCAACUUAUUAAAAAUGUUGGCCUCGCUAUUUCAAAGGGCAUAUAUGAAAAGUAAAAACUAGUGUGCCAAAUGGUAUAGUAAUGAUUGGUAUAAGAAGAACUCUGCUUUUUCUGAUCAGUUGGCAUAAAGCUAUAGAAUUAAUUUUUGGCUUUAGAAUACAGAUGUGUUCUUUAUAUUCCCCAAGGCUCAAAUUGAAGCUUUUAAAGAAUUAAAGCUUCUUAUGAUCAGGAGAUUUAAAAAUUAAAUUAUUAGUAAUUUAUUAUAUUAAAUAUUUGAGCAGAUUAAUUGUUUUUUCAUUGGAUUUUAAAAAAGAUCUAAUUGACAUAAUCUCCCUAGUGGAAAAUUGGGUAAUAUAGGUAAGAAAUGGCAAAUAAGUACCUUAGUUGAUGAUUUUUUAAUGUAAAAAAUUUGACUGUGUUGCAAACUAAAAUCUAAGUGACCAUUAAAAACUACAAUUAUUUGUACUGUUUUCAUAGUUAUCCAUGCUAUAGAAUUUCUCUUAUUAAUCAAUGUAGUGUUAAUUAUUUGACAAGUGUUGUUCUGUUUAAUUAUCAUUGACAUAGUAGUAAAAUUGUAGGCUGUUUUCUUAUUGCAUUUCACUUGUCAGUUAAUUAUUACUUUAAAGAGAAAAUACACCAGAACCUUACUGUAGCAUUCUUUACUGCAAAGCAAAAUUCUAUUGAAGAUGAGUCCAUCUGAGGACCUUGCCAUGGCAGUUCAUUUACUCUUGUACCAAAUGGCAAUACCACCUGUAAAGCAGAUUCAGAUCAUAGUCUCCAAUGACAUUAUACCAAGGCUCUGAUAUAUUUCUUUUAGCAAUGUUUUAACUGUAAAAUUUAUUCUAAAUGUUUUUAUGAUUGUUAUAUAUUUGCUUCAUCAGUUAUUGAAUUAAGAAUGAUUAUCAUUAUUUGAAUGGGAUUUGUGAUUUGAUGAGGGUUGAAUAAUCAAACUAAAAUAUUUUAUUAGGCCCUAAAAAAUUCAAUAGAUAGCUAUUUCUGUUAAAUUUUAUUACUGUAUGGCACAAGAAGUGAUGUUGGAUAUAUUAGAAUUGAAAUAAUAAAAGUGCAUUACCAUUUGUUUAAUAAUUAUCUUUACAGAAUGCUAGUUUAAUGAUUUUUCUAACUGAAUUUUUUGAAGAAUUCAGAAAUGUUUGUAUUGGUCACAGAUCUAUCUUAAUUGAUUUUCUGAUGCAUUUAAACACAAAUGGAACACUAAAUGUAUAUUACCGAUGCAAACUGUGGAUAAAGUUGAA